AUGGCCGAGUACAUCAUUCAGGCUCAGAUAGCACCGCCCCCGUUUCCUCUUUCACGGGCAUCGGUGUACAUCGCGGAGAACCCGACGGACAGUUACGUCCUGCGGCGCGACUUGGAACUUGAGUCGAUGCACAUUGCCAUCGCUGGGCAGGACAUCGGCAGCUGCACGAUUCGUCGCAGAUAUGGCCAAGUCAAGUAUCCCCAUAGUGCGGACUACCAAACGGCAACUCCGAUCGAUCUGACGGGUUACUGGGUCCAGAUUGUGAGCAUGACCCCGACUGGGGCCGUGCUUACAUUCAUCGGCCGCAUCUAUGACACUCCGCAAACCAUCUUCUCAGAUGGCGGUAUUGCUGGCGUGCAGCGAUUCGUGGCCUACGAACCUGCCUACCUGCUGAACAGGAUAUCGAUCAGUGAUUCCUACUUUCAAAAAGAAGAGAGAGCAAUCCGCGUAGGCUGGGGGCCAGGCUUCAACGACCGAGCCGGCCGCGGUUGGGUGAUUGGAAACCGAUCGCCGAAUGAGAUCGACGGCAGCUACGUCUUCGUAGGCGUCAAUGAAUUUGAGCCAGCUAACGAAGAGCGAAUCUGGACGCGACUGAACAUGGCUGAGUACAUCGUGCAGAAGUUCGUCGAUGAGACAGAAUCAAACGGAUUGAAGUGGCAGAUAACCGGGCAAACAGACAUGCUCGACAUGAUCAAGGACAACGUGCCCAACAACCCGGGCACUGCCUAUGAGCGACUGCAGCAGAUAAUCAAUCCCAGUAUCGGAAUGGACUGGAAAGUUGAACCCAAGACGGCGGGCGACUUUGAAGUAGGGGCAGGCUAUCCGAUUGAAGGGUUCGAUAUUGAAGUGUUCUCGCUUCUUGCAGAGGACGUGACGUUUGCCGGAGUGACGAUUCCCAAGAACGAAGACACGAUCAAGCUUAACCCAGCGGGCUCCAAGACGAUUCAAGAGAUGAGAAUCGAGCGCUCGGCGAGCCAUACCUACAACCAGAUCCGCGUCAUUGGCAACCGAAUGGUCAUAUGUGCCUCGCUCGAUGCUGGAACCAGCGACUUAGAAGAGCGAUGGGGGGCGGACCUGGAGAGCGAUUAUAUCGCCGGUGACCCUGACGAUCCUGGGGCACCAAACGCCGACCAUGAUAUCUGGAGGCAGCAGGAAAAGUUCCGCAAUGUCUUCCAGCUUUAUGGUGCCCCUCGAAUUGAUUGGGGCCAAGACUCAUUCUUCCCGAAGCUAAACGAUGAAGGGGAGAUCGACCUUGGGGCAGGGCGGGCCGACGCUCAGCACCUGGUUCGAUCGACGCUUUCGUUCCUUCCACUGCAAGAGGGCGUUGACUACAAGGCAGAGCCGCUGGAAGACUUCGGCGAUGAUGUUGCGGAUCCCGACUUCCUGCCACCGGCCGUUUACCUCUACGACUUGGAGGAAGAGCGGUACAUUGCGGCCGAGCACGCUGGCAUUCAUGUUCACGUGUUGCAAAACGACCUCGGUGUUUGGCUACAAGCAGAUCCCAAUCACAUUCUCGAUGGUGACACGACGGUCUCGAACAGCGAGCUCCAAGAGGGCCGGUACGAUUCGGCCCAGAUGGUUUGCACGCUCGCUUGGGAGAGCGACCAGCGGUUUGAGAUGCGGAGUUAUCUCGAGGGAUCGUAUGCAGACAAUGAUGACCCGCCUUCAGAGGGUGUGCUGCAUAUCGAGGUCCCCGGGGCAGAGCUGUGGUAUGUCGCUCCUGAAACAGUGCUUCGAGUCGACAAUGACGGCACGUUGGUGAAGACGGGAAGCGAACCGCUGAUUCUUCGCAAUGAUGCCGACAGACUUGCCCUGGCGAUGGCGGGUGCGAUCGCUCGGUACCAAAGCGAACGCGGCCGAGCGAGCAUUGAAAUCAAGGGCUGGAUUGCCCAGCGCUUGUAUCUUGGGAAAAUCCUCACCUUCAUCAAUGCUGGCGACGAGGCACAGGCAAUCAACGGGCCUGUUACGUCGAUUCACUGGCAAGUGCCCGAGUCGAAGUCGACCCGGAAUGCACCGCAGCCGUUGAGCCCCAGCGUGACCCUCAAGGUGCUCAGCCAGUUCGCCAUCAUUGGCACGCUGUACGAGGACUUGCUUUCGGAUGAUGAAGCAAUCUGCAACGUCUACAAGGGCGACAGUGGAUCUGAAGCCGAUAGCGGUACUACGGUCAAGGUGUCUGGAUGGUUGAUCGAGAGCGACAAGAUGUUGGCCAGUGGCACACGGGUGUUGGCAGUGCGAGUCAACAAGGUCCGAGUUGAUACCGUCGCUCGCCACUUCGGUUUUGGCCCGGCAUUCACGGAGCGAGCGCUUUACGGGUUGGGAUUUGCUUUCAAUAUGGGGUUGGCCUGCUGCUGUGAGGAGAGCCCAGGAAGCUCGGAUAGCGGCAGCGGAUCAAGCGAAGGAUUGAUUGAAUGCGGGGUUACUUGUGCAGGCGAAGGCCUCAACGCUCCGCACUGGUGGGACAUCACAAUCAGUGGACUGGUCGAUGAACAGUGCGACGACUGCGAUACUUACAACAGCACGUUCAGGGUUGAGCACAAUCCGUCAUUCUCGGUGAAUCGAUGUGCUUGGACGUUAUUCAUUCCCGAGGGAUGUGCUAUCUGUCGCCCGGUCUUUCCCGAGGUCGAUCCCAAAGGGGCGAAUCUGAUCUUUCUGGAACUAUUUGGAGACGCGAGCCCCACGGUCUGGAUCCAUGUUUGCCAUUUCAAUGUAGGAGCAAGCGGAGAUGAUCUCCUAUGCAAUCCAUCUUAUUGGGAGAUCAACUUUCGAGAGGUGUUUGCUGAGAAGCCAAACUGCUUGGAGCUGGUCGAUCAUCUUGUGGAUGACAGUUCGCCAAGUCAAACACGGUGUCCCAACUUCUUCACGCCACCGUUCGGCUUAGUAGACGCCUGCGAUGCCAAUUCAGUAAGCGGCCCGGCCGAGUGCCGAAUUACGGCGGUCACUGCGAAGUGUCGGCAGGUCAAUCUUAAUGAGCGACCACAGCAACAGCAGAAGUGCAAAAGCUGCGCACAGCGAGAAGAAAGCAUCAAUGAUCGUUGGCCCGGGGCGGGCACCGCAGUCGCCAACCUAGCCGAUAGGGUAGCGAAGAAUCUUCGUUACGGCGAGUGGAACAUCCUGCUGGAGUUCUCGCACGGUUUAGGUGACGACGUUCAAUUCUGCACCGUGAUUCGGCACCUGGCUCGGCUUCAUCCGGAGUUCAAGCUCGACGUAGUUGGUCAGGAGCGAUCGCACGAUAUGUUCAAGCUGGCAGGGGCUCGCUACUGCUACAGCAGUCGCUCCGAGGUCCUGGGACAGUACAACCACGAUCUCCGAAUUGCGGUAGCCGAUCCGGUGGGUGGCUCGCGUGAGCAUCCUAUGACGAAAGCGGAGAUGAUCCUCGAGCGCUAUUUCAACAUCAAGCCGCGGCCGCACUUGGCUGGUUACUAUGUUUCUUGGCGGUGGAGACAUUCGCGAGCAGUGCGUCGCUGGUUGAAGUCGAUCGAUGUGAAGCCGAAGGAAUUCGUUCUGAUGCACUAUCAGGGGGACUCGGCGAAGAGCAGAAAGAACAUGUGGCCAGAGAUCGCCGAAGGAUGUGUUCGCCGAAUCUUGGCGACCGGUUAUCGUGUUCUGAUAUUUGAUUACGGCCGUCGUUCGCCCCUGGUUGAUGACGAGAAUGUGAUUCGGGUCGACAUACCGCUUGAUCCCUCAUUCACGGCGGCGCUGGCAAGUCUCUCGCGACUGAAUUUAGGAAUAGACUCUGGACCUGGUCACGUCUUCGGCAGUCGAUUAGUCAAGACUCCUGCUGUGAUCUACUGGCGGAAGCAUCACCCGUACCAGUUUUAUCAACCAGCCGAUCAGGUGUUGCACUUACUGCCCAGGAACCAUUGGCACUUCAUUCGAGGUGAUGAAGUCGACAGGAAACAAGCACUUAACUACUUCCACCGGCAUUAUCGUUCUCACCCGGUGGCUGGGCGGCCGCAGAAGGAGAUUCCAGAGGUCAUAGUGGAGCAGUUGACCACAAUGUGA